AACAAGUAACAAUGUAAAACAAUCAUGGACCCAAACAUAACCCUUGUUUCCCAAUCCUACACGCCAUUAUCCAGAUUCAGAUAUUUUCGAAAAAAAACACCACGUGGCAUAAUCUCAACGGUUCAAUCAUCACCUACCAUCUUCACACAACCACUAUAACUAACCACACAAACCACCAUAACCCAAAAUAUCUCCACCAUCUGACCACCAUGAAACACCACUCCUUCAUCUCCCUCCUCCUCCUCUUCGCCGCCGUCACCGCCAUCGCCGGCGACGACCCAUUAAUCCGUCAAGUAAUCCCGGAAGAAGAACAGGCCGCCGUACCUCUAUCAAACGUUGAACAUCAUUUCAAUCAGUUCAAAACAAAAUUUGGAAGAACAUAUGCUACUGAAGAGGAGCAUGAUUACCGUAUGAAGGUGUUCAAGGCUAACUUACGCCGAGCUGAGCGUCACCAGGUGCUUGAUCCGACGGCUCAGCAUGGUGUGACGAAGUUUUCUGAUUUGACUCCGGCUGAGUUCCGGAAGAAGUAUCUUGGGUUGAAGAAGUCUUUGAAGCUUCCGGCGGAUGCUAAUAAAGCUCCGGUGCUUCCCACUAAUGGUCUGCCUGAAGAGUUUGACUGGCGUGAGAAAGGGGCCGUUACUCCUGUUAAAAAUCAGGGUUCAUGUGGAUCAUGUUGGUCGUUUAGUACAACCGGAGCUCUGGAAGGAUCUCACUUCCUUCAAACUGGAGAGCUGGUUAGCCUCAGUGAACAGCAGCUUGUGGACUGUGAUCAUGAGUGUGAUCCUGCUGAAUACAAUUCAUGCGACUCAGGCUGCAACGGCGGACUCAUGAACAAUGCGUUCGAGUACAUUCUCAAGGCGGGUGGUCUUCAGAAAGAGGAAGAUUAUCCUUACACUGGAAUAGAUGGUACCUGUCAUUUCGACAAGUCCAAAAUCGCUGCAUCUGUGUCCAACUUUAGCGUCAUUUCCGCAGACGAAGACCAAAUUGCCGCAAAUCUUGUCAAAUACGGCCCUCUUGCAAUUGGGAUCAAUGCAGCUUGGAUGCAAACGUACAUCGGUCAAGUUUCAUGUCCAUAUAUUUGCUCAAAGCAAAAUUUGGAUCAUGCUGUGCUUCUUGUUGGGUAUGCAGCUGCUGGGUAUGCUCCUUUGAGGUUCAAGGACAAGCCAUACUGGAUCGUUAAGAACUCGUGGGGAGCAGACUGGGGUGAAGAUGGAUACUACAAGGUUUGCAGUGGUUACAAUGCUUGUGGGAUGAAUAACAUGGUGUCUGCCGUGGUUGCUACAAACGCUUGAAGUUGUAUAAUUCUAAAGCGAACUCUCCCAUUUGUACAUAUCACGUAUGUAUUGGUAACGAUGUAUUUGUUAUCAAAACCGUCGAAUCUAGAUGUAUGUUUGCGUGGAGUUAAUGUCAUGAAAUAUCAUCGUGUCGGGGCUUGAGUACUUCUCAUGAUCUAGAUGGUGGUCAUAUGUAGUUUAUGUUUUCUUAUUAUCAAUCAAACAAUUAUGAAUAUUACUUAGUAAUAAAAACAUUGGUUUGUAUAA